CUCAAUUGUCAAAUCGAAUAUGAAGACCAGGGACGGCGUGGCGUGAAACGAGUUCAUUCAUCUUUUUCACAUGCUUGUUACCGUUGACGAGUCAAAUAAAUUCGGACGCGGGCUGAGGCCUCGUCAUCGCAAUAAAUAGUUAACAGGAGGACAUUACGCGAUCAUUCUCAAAUCAGUGACAUAAACGGCAGCACGCCUAACCGCCCCGCGAAUCUAAUUUAGUUCGUCUGUGAUAAAAGUACAGUAGUAUCCUGUUAUUAAAUGCUAGGUUAAAAUCCUGUGAUGAACUGUGCUUAAACUGACUGAAGACUGUGUUAACUAAUUCGUGGUGUUUGGAAAUAGAAAGGAAAAAUGGAGGCAUAUUCUGCCGCUGUUCCAUCCAACCUGGAUAUCACUCCAAAUUAUUCAUAUAUUUUUGAUUUUGAAAAUCAUUUUAUUCAUCACAACUAUAGGAAAUGGAUGACAGAAAACUGGACCGUGGCUUUCUAUUACGUUGGAAUCUACAUGGCUUUCAUAUUCUUCGGGCAAUUGUACAUGCAAAACCGACCACGAUUUGAAUUGCGGCGCACGUUGAUAGUAUGGAACUCCCUUCUGGCCGCUUUCAGCAUCAUGGGCGCCUGCCGCACGCUUCCAGAGUUCAUCCACGUGCUUCGGAACCAUGGAAUUUACCAUUCUGUCUGCGUGCCAAGUUUCAUCGAGCAAGAUAAAGUUUCCGGUUUCUGGACAUGGAUGUUCGUGCUAUCGAAGCUUCCAGAACUCGGCGAUACGGUUUUCAUCGUCCUACGCAAGAAGCCGCUGAUCUUCCUCCACUGGUAUCACCACAUCACGGUCCUGCUGUACACUUGGUAUUCGUUCACUGAAUACACAUCGUCGGCGCGCUGGUUCGUCGUCAUGAACUAUUGUGUGCACAGCGUGAUGUACUCGUACUACGCGCUCGUCAGUAUGGGUAGGUACCCGCCGAAAGCCCUCGCCAUGACCAUCACCGUCCUCCAACUGACCCAGAUGAUCGUCGGCUGCGCGAUCAACAUCUGGGCGCACAACUACAUGACGACCACUCCCUCGCACACGUGCCACAUCAGCCAGAUAAACAUUAAGCUGUCGAUGGCGAUGUACUUCUCGUAUUUCGUGCUGUUCGCUCAGUUCUUCUACAAAGCGUAUCUGUCGCCGAAGAAAGGUAAGAAGGCCAAGGUGGAGCCCCCGAGUCCGACAAAGCACGAGCCAAUCAAGAAUUACAACGGCUACCCGAGACAGAGGAACGGACUCGUGUCCACCCACUAGUCGCCUAUAGUUGUGAUUGCUAGUUUAUUGUACAGGUUAUGGCUGUUGUUAAGGUAUUUGGCUUCGAUUGGGGUCGGGAUAAACCGAUAAAAGUACCAAAAACAUUGAAAACGAACAAUUUAAUGUAAGAUAAAGUUUGAAGCGUCAUUUUGAAUAACAGAAAUACAUCGUAACGUCGCUGUCAAACCAAAAUCUGCUAUGUGCAAAAAACUUUUGAAUUAACGAGUAAAAACAUUUUCGUAUAAAAUUUUAUAUGAAGGUGAAUUUUUAAGAACUAUAUCAAAUGAAAGCUAUAGAUAAAUAUUAAGGUUAUAGACACAACAGUUUCUUUAUACGGUAGAUAGGGCUGUGAACUAUACGAAAAGGUCAAAAAGUGCACAUAGCAGAUUUUGGUUUGACAACUAAGAUAAAGUUAAGUACAAGUAAAUGGCUUCGAUGAAGGCAUUUAAUAAGUCAGGUGAAUAAAUCGACCUCAGUCAAGUCAAGGCUCCUGGGGGCGCCGUCUGCAAGAUACAUUCCAUGCUGCUACGUUCAGUUCGGCGGAUCCGCAGCUUGUCGCUUUGAGCUGUAGCCCUCGGGCCACAAGCUUUUAUAUGGUCUCUGUGCCAACCACGAUAGCAUGUGUGUCACGAAUUAAUGAAUUUACGGCGAACGUGUUAGUUUAAGUGUCGGUUUUGGACAACCCUACAUUUCGCCAAUCGUAGGGUAUUCGUUCGUAAUUUUUGAUAUUGCUUUCCGAAUUAAUAAGAUUUUGAGCGGAACUGACAAUUUUUUGUUUAUCCAUUAUACUUUACGAAUUCACAAUUCAUUUAAAAAAAUAUUUUAGAUUUGUUUUGGCAAUUAACAGUAAUAUAGUCACACACAACAAACUCAAUGCCGGAAGAAUGAACCUGUAUAAUAUAAUCUACCGAUUACUUUGUUGUUAUUGUAUUUGCUACUUAACCGUAGUAAAAAAAAUAGUGUUUUUUUUUUAAAUAAUUUAUUUGUAAAGUUUAAUUUUAAACAGCGCUGUUUAAACUUAUUCAUUACGUUUUAUCGAACCGAAGUGCAAUUUGAACCGUUUUGAUAGUUUACAAUUAAUUACUUAAACAAAAAUCAAAAAAGUACAAUUAAUUGUAAUUAAGUUUAUGGAUUAGUAUUUUGAUUGGAAGAAAAUCUUGACUUCACUGUGGAUCGAUUAAAAAAAUUUAGUUGUAGUCUCUCAAAUUAUUGUAAUCCGUUUAUUUUGUACUUCUGUUUGUAAUUAAUGAAUAGGCGUUGUUAUUGCUUGUCAAACAAGCGCAUAUAGUAUGUUCGUAGUUGAAUAAGCGAUCGAAUGAAAUUGCAGUUUUAUUUUUGAAUCCUUUAAGCGCAAAUUCGAAGAGCUCUCGCAUUUACUACAGAACGUGUGCUUAGGACAUUUUCAUGUACAGAAACAUAAGAGUAUACAUAUAGUAAAUAAGUGCGAAGGUGUUUGAAACCAGACUAUAUCAGGGUUGUAACGAAACUUUGCCGUUUACAAACAAACAAACAAAAAAGCUUUUCAAUUUAUUUAUUUUUCGAUAAACAGAACUUAGCGAAUUGAAAUUAUUUAAUAGGUACAUCGGGCUUAGUGUGUCAGUCAACGUUGGCGCUAAUGUGGCUCGUUCAUUGUUAGGGUAGUGAGCGAAACGAACAUUAGCAAUUAAAAAGAGGAAAGUUCAAAGUAGACUACGUUGUUGUACAGGCUAGUUGACUGGUGUUUUGUGUUUAGUGGUCUUACUUCGGUUUUCACGAGUCCGUAGUCUAUGUAACGAAAACUAGUUUAAUGAGACUCAUCGGCCACGAAUUAUUCGAAACAUCGGAAUCGAUAUCAUUGUCGACGGGUGAAAGGCUAGAGGUACAGAUGGCUCUCGGCAGUCAGUCAGCUGUGUGCUUAGUGUGAAUUUUUUAACAUUCUCGAUAGCGUCAAAGUUAACUCAAAUUUAUAUAGAGUAGGAACAGCUUCCUUUCGUUUGCCGCUAAGGACGUUGUCCCAACUCCAUACAAAUUUGAGUUAACUUUUACGAAGUGAGAUGUAAUUAAAUAAUGUCCCAAUAAAAAAUGGUGGGAAUUUAUUAAGACUGCUCGGGGGGGAUUAGGAAUAACCCUAGAAGUGAGUUGCAGCGACUUGUUUAAUUUCCUCACACUUGUACACUUUCAUAGAUGCUAUCUGACUUAAAACAUAAACCUACAAGUUUUGUAUUGCUGCAUCAUUCUUAUAUUUGUUGACUACGUAUUCGUGAGACAAUAAAAAAUCAGUCAACUUGCCUAUUGUCAUAAAAUAUUAGAAUUAAGAGGAAUUUAUCAUAGAGAUAUUCCUUAUUAGAAAUAACUUAAUACUAUGAACGAAUAGAAUAUAAAACUCGAUAAAGUUUAAAUGAUCGUAUCGAUUUACACGCCUUUACAUUACCUCACGUCUCAGAUUUAAUAUAAAAUGUACAGUUAUUCAAAAUGCUUUGAAUUAAAGAGUAAUAAUUUAAGACGUCUACUUUAUAAAAUUAAUAUUUCGGGGUGCGAAAUGAAAAGUAAGUACAGUGUGCUCUAGAAUAGUGAUGUAGGACGAAUAAAAUUAAAUCAUGUAGCUUCCAACGAAACGCUUCGGAACAUCGCCGCUAAGACAUGCUAGGGCCGUCUGUGAUUAUAAGGCGGUUAAUACAUUGAGUAUAGAUCCUAAUAAAUUAAAGAUCAUCGCCAAUAAUCCACUUAGCUCGGAGCCAAAUUUGAAAAAAAAAUCAGGAAAGCCCCUGUUAAAA